CCGGGGAUCAGUUUCCGAAAUGCAUCGUCUGCAGCAGGUCGGCAUUCAGCAGUUGGGUGAUCUGAAGCGGGUUUUUACCCAGGAAUGGCCCAGAUACUGCAAGGAGUACUAUUGCCUGGACACUUUUCUGGAGCUCCAUAAGAAGGACGAUCAACUGAAGGAAGUGCAAGUGUAUGCCCUUCCCAAUCUGGAACUCGGAUUAUUCGUGAUUGUGGAUCACUAUCAGUUAUUUCUUGGCUUCCUGGAGGCUGAAGAGUCGGAACGCCUUCUCAAGGAGUCCUUACUGAAAUUUAAACUCUAUGGAGGCGAACAAUUCGCCUCAAUGCCAAACAGGUAUUUCAAUGUGGCCAACGACAUUAUUCAAGCGAACAAUCUGAAACUGGACCUGGACAGUACAACCCUUUUCCUGGUCUUAAGCAAGGAGGAAGCCCUGCUCUUCCAAGUUGAACCUCCGGCUGGGUUCACCCUUAAGCCUGUGGAUGUAGAGGAUGCUCAAGUGAUCAACGAUCAGUGGGAAUGGAGUGAGCCGGACUCCCUUGCCCUGGUCCACCGCCAAAUUCAGUAUGACACCAGUGUGGGCUUGUACACAAAGGAAUCCAAAGAGCUCGUGGCCUGGUGCAUUAGGGCUUCAGAUGGCUUACUGGCAGUCCUUCAGGUGAAGACGUCCUACAAGCGCCGAGGCUUCGGCCAGCUGAUUGUGAAGGAGUUUUCCAGACAGGAGGCUCUGCUGGGACGCGAUACCAUCACCGAAGUUGUGCCCGAGAACAAGGCAUCCUUGGGCCUGUUCACCAAACUAGGUUUCAAAGCCAUGGACCAGUGUCACUGGCUGAUCACGGGGUCGCCAAAGGGGGAUUCAUAAGAUUAAGGGCUUUUUGCAUUUGCCAGCUGCUAGUCCGGCUAGUCAUAAAUACCGCAUAAGAGAAUCUAACGACGUUAAGAGAUCUAAUUAAAGAGAAAUACAACAGCUG